CCAUAGAGACAACGUCGCCUCUACGUAUUACGUAAUUCCUGCGUACUACGUCGCCUCUACGUAUUACGUACUAUGUUGCUGAGCAACCGUACAGCAAAGAUCACAAAGGAGAGUGUGAGUUCCAACCAGAAUCUUUGCCAAGAUGCCGCGCUCCGCAGCCAAGAUCCAAGUUGACAAGCGUGGACGUAGGUCAUCUGCCCAAGUUACCACACCUUCAGCAGAGGAUGGGGAAGUGGAAGUGGAAGUGGAAGUGAAAGAUAGUGUCCCAGGUCGCUUAACUAAAACCCAGUGGACAGACCAGUUCCAGGAGGAUCCAUGUGACUUAGUGGGCGAGAUCAUGGAGGAACUGCUGAGUAAGGUCAUGGAAGGAUGUUUCAAUGUUGACCUGAAAAGACAGCUGGCACCUUUCUCUGCACUUUGGGCUAAGACCUACCUCACACAGAUUAUAGAGCAGCAAGUCCUGUGCCUAGAUGAAGGAGAUGGACCAGAGGAAGCAUCUAGAACAGAAGACUCAGAGCCUUUGCCGACAAUUUCAGAUAACUGGGCUCAAGGAUGUGUGCCUGUUGUAAAGGCUACCACACCUAGACUUAAUUCCACUAUGCAGCAGGAGGCUGAUAUUGGCCAAGUCUCAAUGCAAAAGGAGCAAAGCGCCAACCAGGAAUAUCAUGCUACAAUCCAAACAAGCAUAUCCCCAAAGCAAUCUGAAGAGCACUCAAGUCCUAGGAGACCUCUCACUGAUGAGUGCUAUAAAGGGUUUACUCCUCGCCCACCACCAAAAAUGAAUAGGAGUAAAAUACGGCCGGUACAUCUACUUUCAAAGCCUGUUCAAAGCAAGUUACUGCCACCCUUGUCCUGCUCAGUAGUGAAAAGAGAUGUUGGUGGAAAGGGGGGGGAAAGGACACAUUCAGUUUCUAGCCAUGUGACUGGAUCAUUUUAUCGGCAAAAGGAUCACAGAGCCAUACCAAAUCUUGAUCCAUCCUGCUUGCCUCGACACUGGAUCUUUCCUCAGUAUGUCAUUAUGGAUAGCAACUCCCCAAAACCUAUCUCCAAGAAACCCAGCAAAUUAUCUAAAUUUGAACCAAGAACUAACGAGCAGCAAAGUGAGUGCACAGAAAUCUCACUGAAGCUUCUGAGCGGCUCCGAGGACAAGUCAGCAAAAUCUCAGAGGAGAACCAAGGCAAAUAUUUGGCUGAAGAAAAUGUCUUCUUCUGGAUAUCGAGAGGAUGAGUUUGCUUCUUCUAUGCCUUUGAGGCUGGACAAAAUGGAUUUGGCCAAAGGUGUUUCCAUCCUGGGUUCUCAAACAGUGGAUAUCAAUUAUCUCAAAUCCAAUCCUCCUGCCCAGUCGACCAAUCUUCAGCCAAUACAACAUGAUGCAGCUCUGCCACUGUUUUCAGUUGAUCAGGUUACCACAGGUCGAUCACCUCGGGUCACUUCCUUGGUUCAGUUAAGAAACUGUGAGAACUGAUUACAAACUGUUGUGAUAAUCCAUGUAGCUUUAUUUCAAACAGAGCUAUGAUGAUCCAUGUCUACAAAAUAAAUAAGGAAUCAUUCUGAUACCAGAACACUUGAACUACAACUAUAGACUUUGAAAAUAUCCUGAAGCAAUGUACUUAAGUUCAAUGUAAGAUGCUCUAAAUUUGUGUUGAGAUGAUGAAGAGAUACAUAUUGUAAAACAUUUUUAAGUAGCUCACAAGCUGAGUACAAUUUUGGUUAGCAAUUUCUGUUCGCCAUCACUACUUUCUUAAUUUCAAGUCAAUUUCUGUUUUCAUGCCCAAUUUUUUACCUUCAAAAAGACACACUUAUUGUAAAAUGAAUAUCUCACUCUUGAGCUAGUACUUGAAACUGAAUAACUUCAUAGGAAACCUGUUUUUUAUAUAUUUUUGUGCACAUAAUAUGUACCCGUGUUCAUCUGUAGUAUAGUAUACUUAUUAACUGUAUGUGCCUUCCAAAAGCCUAUACUCAAUAAAUGUGAUUGCCAUUUUUGGUCCACACACACUAAA